AUGGCCCACCGCAACGUUUUGAAAUGCUCCAUCGCGUACUUGAUCGCAUCUUUGUUUACAUUCUCUCCAUACCUAUCCGGUUUCAUCAGCGACUUAACGUCAUAUGGUCCUGGAGAGCGUAAACCAUCCCCAAGUGGGCAUAUGGUCGCAACGAUUGCCGUGUAUUUUAACCCUGCCAAAACUAUGGGCGCGAUGGUCGAGGCAGACCUUUUCUGCCUAUUGGGCUUACUCUACUCUUCGCUUGUCUGUUUGGUUUCAAUGUCUAUGUAUUGGUGGUUGGAGUUGAAACCUGGUUGGGAGUGGCUUGCAGACAUUGUUGCCGUUGCCUGGAUUGGAUUGAGUAUGAGCGGAGUGGCUUGGAUGAAGGUGUGGAUGAAUAACGCAUCGUUCAACACUGCUUGCAGCAUGACUGCCAUCAUCAUAUUUGUCGUUCUGGUCAAGGAAGGUGGUUUAGAAACACUUAUACAGGUUUCUACGAUCGUGUUUUUUGGAUCUGCCGUCUCAAACCUGGUCUGUUACUUCAUCUGGCCUCAAUCUGCAACAUCAAAUCUUCAAACUAAUUUGACGACGACACUUGGUUCUUUCUCAACCCUUUUGACGAUGCUCACCAACGUUUUCCUUCUGGAAAACGAGAGCGGGAUGCAAGCGGGGAGCUUAAGAAAUCUGCAACAAGCAGUCAAAGAUCAUCAAGAUAGCUUUACGACACUUAAGAAGGACCUCAGCGAAGCUCAAAGCGAGUGGUUUCGCCGAAAAUUGCCUGGUGAAAAGGGUGAUCGUGGCAACAAAACAAGAAAUGCUGGUCGACAGAGCUAUGAGGAUGCGGUGGAUAGCAUGAACCGUUUGGCUCAACACCUCAAUGGCCUCCGGAGCAGUACGCGCCUUCAAUAUGACUUGACGAAAGCGGGAAUUACUCGUGAUAACAACAAGAAACUCGGCAAAGCCAGUGCUGUACAUACCACAGGCCAGAUUGUCGAAGAGGACGAGAUCACAAUGUUGAGCACUGCUGUGGGGAUGUUUGGCGAUCUUGUUGAAGAACUUGGGCCUCCUUUGAAGGCUUUGUCUGUGACCUGCACUUCCACACUCCAAUGGCUUAGGGACGCCUUUCUGAAGUCACAAUCUGUUACUCAACGGAAACGGGAUGUAAUCACGCCUCAUGAAUUCACGGAACUUAUAGACGACAUCAACCGCGCUUUGGUACUCUUUGAGAGUACCUCAAACCAUGCUGUCCUUCGACUGUACAGGAGAAGCGACGCGAAUCAUACUUCAAGUUCUAAUCCCCAAAACACUGUUCACGGGGAAAACAGUUUGUUAACUGGACCCGAUCACGAGCACGUUUUCCUGGUUUACUUCUUCAUAUUUACCUUGCAAGAGUUUGCCAGGGAAUUGGUAUCACUCGUGGAUGCCAUGGAAAGGAUAUACACUUUUGAGCAGGCUAGACUCGUUCAACGAUCUUUCUGGUGGAAGGUGUUUGUUAGAAUCGGACAAACACUGCGUAAUAUUCGACAUUGGGGAAAGUCUGCAGUGUACAUCAUUCCAGAACACAGAGCUGCCCAUCCAUUCUUUCCCAAAGUUCGGCCCCAUGCACCAAAUACCAUUCAGACUCCCUCAAGGGAUAAGCUGUCGUUUUGGAGAAAGAUGAAGCGCACCAUAUGGGAGAUUGGUAUUCGCUUGACGGAGAGAGAUGCAAAAUACGCUAUCAAAGCGGGAAUGGCAACUGCCAUUCUAUCUGCCCCCGCUUUUUUCGAUGCGACUCGUCCCACGUUUGUUAAAUACUAUGGUGACUGGGCUUUGAUUUCAUAUUUUAUUGUCAUCUCCCCAACUAUCGGCGCCACGAACUACCUCAGCCUUCAGCGUGUCCUUGGAACACUAUUUGGGGCAGCUGUCGCAGCUGCGACGUAUAGCUUUUUUCCUGAAGACGCUGUAUUUUUAGCCGUGUUUGGCUUCAUUUUUUCGUUACCCUGUUUCUAUUUUGCUGUGGUCAAACCCCAAUAUCUUUCGGCCUCAAGAUUUGUUCUCCUGACGUAUAACCUAACGUGUCUUUACUGUUACAAUCUUCGUGAAAAAGAUGUCUCCGUGCUUGAUGUGGCGCUUUACCGUGCACUUGCCGUUACCGUUGGCGUCCUAUGGGCCGCAUUUAUUUCAAGAUUUUGGUGGCCCGCAGAGGCUCGGCGCGAGCUCAGUAGGGCGCUUGGAGAGUUCUGUUUAAAUAUUGGGUGGCUUUAUACUCGUUUAGUGGCUUCGAAUUCAUUUGCCCCCGAGUAUCAUCAUCAGCAUGAGUGCAACGAGGAUUCAGAAAUUUCCCUUCUGCCCGGAAGGGUGCCAACGACACGAUUAAACAAUUCAAUCCAAGAGUUCAUGUCCAUGGAAUUGCAUUUGCAAAUAAAGUUGAUUGAAUUGCAGACACUCCUAGCUCAGGCACAGCAUGAGCCUCGUCUCAAGGGCCCAUUUCCUGUGCAACUAUAUCGUAACGUGUUGACGGGUUUACAAGCGAUUCUAGACAAUCUGCACAGCAUGCGUUGCGUCACGACUCGAGAAGAAUGUGUGAGACAGGAUUUCAUUGUUCCUGUGAACAAGGAGCGGCACGAAAUGGUUGGAAACAUAAUUCUCAGUUUUUCGACUCUUGCUUCCGCCUUCCGCCUCAAGGCCCCGCUUCCUCCAUAUCUACCCCCGGUAGAAAAGUCCAGGCAACGUCUGGUAGACGCUAUUCGGAGACUCGACGUCGUCAAGAAUCGUGACGUGAAAGGCUCACGCCAGCUUCUCUUUUUUGCUUAUGCUCUUGCCAUGAAAGGUGUGACCCAAGAACUUGAGUCAUUGGGGCGAACCUUGCAAAACGCGUUCGGGGUGAUAGGUCAAACAUCAGAUGAAUUCGAGGCUUUAUUCAUGGUCUCGGAGGAGAGACAGGGGAUUAUCAACUACGUCGCUUGA